GUUACAGAUGUGCUGUGGCACAGCUGGGACGAUAAUGACAAAUAGCAGCCCAGAAUAAUGAAGGUUAAAUACAAAGUGAAUAAGAAUGUCAGUAGUCACAGUCCAGCUUGGUCAGUGUGGUAAUCAAAUUGGGCACGAGGUGUUUAAUGCUAUCUGCAGUGACGUCCAUGGCACGCAUGGAUUGUGUUCCAAGAAGGAGAAUGAAUCAUACCAUGACGCUUGCAAAGAACGCUUUUUCAGUGAGGAGAAAGCUGGAGUACCUGUUGCCCGGGCUGUGCUUGUUGACAUGGAACCCAAAGUAAUCAGCCAAACCUUAUCCAUAGCUGCCAGGUCUGGCUACUGGAAAUAUGAUGAUCGAUCACACUUCUGUCAGAAACAAGGGUCCGGGAACAACUGGGCAAAUGGUUACUCUGUUCACGGGCCUAAACACAAAGAUGUAAUCAUGAAUCUGGUACAAAAAGAAGCAGAGAAAUGUGACCGUCUCAGUGGAUUUUUCACAAUAAUGAGCAUGGCUGGUGGUACCGGAUCCGGCCUGGGAGCAUUUGUGACCCAGUGUUUAAGGGAUGCUUUUCCAGCCUCGUUUAUACUAAACCAUGUUAUCUGGCCAUAUGGAACUGGUGAGGUCAUUGUUCAAAACUACAACUCCGUUCUGACUCUGUCACAUCUGUACCAGUCAUCAGAUGCCCUUCUUGUUCAUGAAAACGAUGUCAUUCACAAGAUUUGUGCUCAACUCAUGAAUAUUAAACAGAUCUCCUUCAGGGAUGUAAAUCAAGUCAUUGCACACCAGCUGGGAAGUGUUUUCCAGCCCAUUUACACAGCAGAAGGUGCCUUACACUAUAGCAGAAGCCCAUUAGGAGACUUAAUGGAGACCUUAGUUCCACAUCCUGAAUUCAAGAUGUUAGGUCUUCGAAACAUACCUCAGAUGCCUGAAAACUCCCUAGCAUACAGCACAUUCAGUUGGCCUGGGCUCAUCAAACAUUUAAGACAGAUGCUCAUUGCUAAUGCUACAAUGGAGGAAGGUAUUGAUUGGCAAGUAAGACCACCGCGUCCAGGCUCCUCCGUUCUCUCCAAACAUUCCACAAGCAAGCUGCUGCAUUUCAAUGCUUCCAUUGCCAACCUGGUUAUCCUGCGAGGAAAAGAUAUGCACAGUGCAGACUUAGGAAGUUUCCGAGAUCCAGCACUGUAUACAUCAUGGCUAACCCCCCAGGAUGCUUUUAACCUGUGGAAAACACCACGAGCAUUUAACAAGUAUGAGAAGUCUGCUUCGUUGGUCAGCAAUAGCCAGUUACUGCUGAAACCUCUUGACAACCUUGUAGGAAAAGCUUGGAAUAUGUUUGCUUCCAAAGCGUAUAUUCACCAGUACACUAAAUUUGGGAUUGAAGAGGAGGAUUUCCUGGACAGCUUCACAGCUCUGGAACAAGUAAUCUCCAGUUACACCAUCCUGUGAUUUUUUUUUUUUUUUUUUUAAUGUUCUCAACUAGAGUUCUACUGCAAGAACCCCACACUGGAAGACCUUCUUGCAUCAACCUCCCAAGAUGUAUAAGUUACUAGACUGUAACUAUUUUUCAGUUCUGUUGAGUAGUGCAUGUGUGUGUGUUAGAACAGUAAGAACUGAAUCAGAACUGAAUAUAUUCACGUUGGCAGCUAAUACUUCUAUUUAACGUAUCUAAUAAAUAGCUAUGUUUUUCAAUACAUUUGCUAAAGAUUUUCUAUAGUACAAGGAUUUUUCUCUAGGCUAAGCUCUCAGUGUCUAAGCUAGCAUCAACUAACGUAUGAUAAAUGUGUGCUUGAUUACAAUAGUGAGGUAUUACUGAUCAUCAAAUUCCAACUUUUCGUAUUAACACUUUGCUCUACAAUACGUUGAUAUUGAUAAAAAUACACAGCAUCAGCGUAUUAAUCCAGAGUCCAUUUGAAUAUCAUUGAAGGGAGGAUAGCCUGCCACCUAUCAGCGGUGGCAGGUUUACAGCGAAGUAGACCUAAAUUCUAUUUUAAGGUCUUGAAGCUUGACAAAACAUUGGAAAUUCUGAACUUUAAAAAAAAAAUCUGAAUCUUAAAGACAAAACAAUCACACAACAACAACAAGAAUUCUUCAUUUUCCUAUCUUCCUUAAGUUAUAUUAGAGAUUAUAACGAAUUGUAUGCUUUUCCAGCAUUUCACCCUGACAUGUUUCUGUAACUGCCUUCCCCCCCACCCCUCCCCCCAGAUGUCUGGGCUAUUUGUUAGAAGCUAAUGAUAGGUUAGAGGCUAAUGAUAGGUUUAAGAGGCAAAACUAUAACCCUUGCUCUUCUUUUUCUUCCUACAAAUUAAGAGCAGGAGGUUUGUUUAUUUAUUAUUAAAGAGGUUUGGGAAGAGAACUGCUGGUAGUUUUCAGAUGCAAGGUCCUAGAAUAUAAUAUAAUAUAAUAGAUUAUAGAAUUUUAAAAAAUCUGUGUAAGAAAAGGGCUCGUUCAACAAAUUUUACCACAGCCACAAGGUGGUGCCACUGUGAAGCUGCAGACUGCAAACAAUCAGAGAUACACUGAACUAAUUAGAGGGGAAAAAAAGGAUUGCAAUAGCAUGUGGGUGUACAGACUGAACACACACAUGCUCUAAACAGAACAGAUUUAUGACUUUUCUGCUCUUAUGGAGAUUAGUGUGAGAGUGCUUAUACAA